AUGGCCCAUGUAUCCGCAUGCGCAUGUGCUAGUGCAGUCCGACACUGCGUCGGAGAGAAAUCAAGCCGUAUCUUCGUCGACAAAGACACCGUAGUGGGAGGGGAAUACUUCACCCGGGUAUUUGAUUUGAGUGGCGAAGAUCCUGGGAAAAGGGCGAACUUCAACGCUGUGAUGCGAGGAUUGGAUCCGGAAAUGCGCAAUAUUCGUCGCUUCGGCAUUUAG